CGACACCCGGCGGCAUUUGCUCUAAGAGCUGCCUUCCCCCUGCCCGGUUCACCUGUGUGAGACGAGGGCGGCGGGGCGGCCCGAGUCCCCAGCGCACCGCACCGCCAGCCCGGGGCCGACGACAAGAGCCCCGCUUCGUCUGCCCCGCGGAGCCCUUUCCGCCCCUCACGCCGCUUCCGUUUCUAACAGGGGGGUACCGACCCGCCCCAGGCCUGAGGCGAGGUCGGCGAACAGCCCCCCUCCGCGUUCCACUGCCUCCCAGGGGCCGGAGGCGCCCGCCGUGCCCCGGCCAGCAGCCUGCCCCCUCCGCCGGCUGGCCGCCCGUAGGGGAGGCCGGCCCCGGGGCGGUGCUGCCCUGGCCCGCCCGCCUCGUCUCGGCCGGGAGAAGCACCUGUGGUGCCUGCGAGCCCGCGCCGCCACCAGGGUUGACCCAAGGACCAUUUCAUCCUGCAAGAAUCAGUUAGCAAGAUCUGCAUAGACUUGUUCCUAAAGGGAAACAUGUCUGAGAUUGACUAUGAGAAGUUAGCUGAAAUAGAACUGCAGAAAGACGAAGCGGAAGAUACACAAUCAGAACAGGAAGAAACAUAUAUGUCUCCACCACUUGAGGAUCCUGAGUUAAAUAUCAAUCACCCUUACUAUGAUGUUGCGAGACAUGGCAUCAUCCAGUUAGCAGGUGAUGACAAUUCUGGAAGGAAAGUGAUUACCUUCAGUUGCUGCCGUAUGCCCCCCUCCCAUCAGCUCAAUCACACCAGAUUGCUGGAGUACUUAAAGUAUACGCUGGACCAGUAUGUAGAGAACGAUUACACAGUUGUCUACUUUCACUAUGGCCUGAAGAGUCUGAAUAAACCAUCUCUGAAAUGGUUACAAACAGCCUACAAAGAAUUUGACAGGAAGUAUAAGAAAAACCUUAAAGCACUCUAUGUUGUACAUCCAACCAACUUCAUAAAAAUUCUGUGGAAUAUCUUUAAGCCUCUUAUAAGUCAUAAGUUUGGGAAAAAGAUCACCUACUUGAACUAUUUAAGUGACCUGAGAGAGCAUCUCAAAUAUGACCAGCUAAAUAUCCCUCAAGAAGUCAUCCGACAUGAUGAAAAUCUUCGGGGGAAACAGAAGGGAAAACUGCCACCUGUGGUUAAAGUUCCUCCACCACGACCACCUCUGCCUACCCAGCAAUUUGGAGUCAGCCUGCAAUAUAUCAAGGACAAAAAUAAAGGCGAACUAAUCCCCCCAGUAAUGAAGGAAACUGUAUCCUACCUAAAAAGAAAAGGACUACAAGUAGAAGGCCUCUUUAGAAGGUCAGCCAGCAUCCAGACUAUCAAAGAUGUUCAGAAACUCUACAAUCAGGGCAAGUCUGUGAAUUUCGAUGAUUAUCAUGAUAUCCAUAUUCCUGCUGUUAUCCUAAAGACUUUCCUUAGGGAACUCCCUCAGCCAUUACUAACGUUUGAGUGUUAUGAUCAUAUCCUCGGAAUCACCAGUGUGGAGAGCAGUUUACGAGUGACCAGAUGUAAGCAAAUCAUUCAAGGACUUCCUGAACAGAAUUAUGUUGUUCUGAAAUAUCUGAUAUGCUUUCUCCAUAUGGUUUCACAGGAGAGCAUAUAUAACAGAAUGACAGCAUCCAGCCUGGCCUGUGUCUUUGGUUUGAAUUUGAUCUGGCCAUCGAAAGGAACAGCCUCCCUGAGUGCUCUGGUACCUCUGAAUCUCUUCACUGAACUACUGAUAGAUUUCUACACGAAUAUAUUCAACUCCCGAACAGUGCCUGGUGAGGUCUUACCUUAGUGCUCCCAGACAGUAAAAUGGAGUAUGGCUGCGGGAGGGAAAGGUCUCUGUGCCUCGACUGGUGGGAGCUUUAUAUUCAGGGCUCUCUCCUGUGCAGAAAACUUUCGAUACAGAGAUAAGUUUCUAUAGAUUUCCAAGUACCAAAGAUGUUGGGAGAAGCACGCUGCCCCAUAUAUUCUCAUCACAUGGGGGAGAAUGUGUACAUGAACAUUCAAAGACCAACAGGUCAAAGUGAAUCCCCUUAUUAACUUGAGCAGCUGACAAAAACUAGUAUGUUAACAAAAAUCAUGACACUACUUGCCAGUCUGUCAUUUCUUUGGGGAUCUGGAGACCUUACUAUGUGGCAUUAUUUUCUGCAUGGGCAGAGCUAAGUUCUGGACCACUCCUGAAUGUACAUUCUUUAUUUUUUUUUUAUUUGAAUACAAGUUUGUUAGAAAUUUCCCUAUUAAGUUAAUAAAAAUGGAAUCAAUUUUUAAGA